AUGGGCGCAGCACACGCUGCGGCGCACCCGAGGGCGCACCCGAAGCCGCUGGUGUUCGAGACGUUUUAUGAGGCGCUCAACAAGGUGCCCAACACCAACAAGGGCAAGAUGAUCGUGGACGGCCUCAAGUUGCAGCCCACCCUCAGCAACCCUAAACUGGCGCUGACGGUGUUCAUGCCAGAGGACAAGUACUUUGACGCGCUCUCCCGCAAGCUGAAUGUGAACCCCAACUCCAUGGGCAAGAACGUCGGCCUUAUGAAGCAGGUGCUGUUCUACCACUUUGUGACUGGCAGCGGCGGCGAGCGCAAGCUGUUCACCACCAAGGACCUCAAGCCCGGCAUGAAGCUCGAUUCCAUGAAGCCGUACCAGCUGGCCGUCAGCGAGAACAAGGGCAAGAUCCAGAUCAGAUCUGUCGGCACCAGCGCUUACAUCAUCAAGCCCAACAUCAGGGCGGGCGCGGGCGUGGCCCACAUCAUCAACAACGUGCUGAUCCCCAUGACCAUCAACCAGAUCCCGCGUUUCUAG